UCGGAGUUUCUUCUCUUCAGCUCUCCUGUCUUGUAGGCUCUUACUCACCGACUCAUUAGCAUCAGGGAGGAGGCAGCAGCCAUUGUGGUGUUAGUGUUGGUGGAGUUUUUGAAGAUCAGUGGUCGUAGGUGGUAGUAGGAAUUAGUUUGAACAUGAGUUCAAUCAGCAGGAGCCGAAGCAGGAGCAGGAGUCGGAGCCCAAUGGAUCGUAAGAUCCGCUCGGAUCGCUUUUCCUAUCGUGAUGCACCUUACAGGAGAGGGUCACGUCGGGGUUACAGCCAAAACAAUCUAUGCAAGAAUUGCAAACGACCGGGUCAUUAUGCUAGAGAGUGUCCUAAUGUGGCAAUUUGUCACAAUUGUGGCCUUCCAGGCCACAUUGCUUUAGAAUGCACCACAAAGGCAUUAUGUUGGAACUGUCGAGAACCAGGCCAUAUGGCUAGCAAUUGUCCAAAUGAGGGCAUCUGCCAUACCUGUGGCAAGGGUGGACAUCGUGCUAGAGAUUGCACAGCUCCCCCACUGCCACCUGGGGACUUGAGGUUGUGCAACAACUGCUAUAAGCAAGGUCAUUUUGCUGCUGAUUGUACAAAUGACAAGGCAUGCAAUAACUGUAGGAAGACUGGUCACCUGGCACGUGAUUGUCCAAAUGAUCCUAUCUGCAACUUGUGCAAUGUUUCUGGGCAUGUGGCUAGACAGUGCCCAAAAAGCAACGUCUUAGGAGAGCGGGGUGGGGGCGGUGGCGGUGGCGGUGGCGGUGCUGGUGUUGGUGUUGGUGUUCGUGGCAGUGGUUACCGAGAUAUUGUGUGUAGGAACUGCCAGCAGCUGGGACAUAUGAGCAGGGAUUGCAUGGGGCCGUUGAUGAUCUGUCAUAACUGUGGAGGACGAGGACACUUGGCAUAUGAAUGCCCUUCUGGAAGAUUUAUGGACCGCUAUUCACGUAGGUACUGAUGUGGUGACAGAAUAUGUUGUUAGCAAUUUAUACUGGUUAUGCUUUUCUUAAUUGGAUACUGCUUUUAGGUGAGAUUUAUUGAAGGUUGAGACUGAGUAGAGAGUUGAGCAGUUGAUUUUCAAUUUCAUGUGGUAGGAGUGGUUUUGUUGAUAUGGAUAAUUUGUUUUCAAUUAAGACUUAAAUAUAAGUAUUACUUUGUUUCUGAA